AGAAAUUACGGUACAAUAUCGUUGCAUAUAAAUGCGUGGAAGCAAUUCUUUUCCCCGUUCUUUAUCCUUUGACUGGCACCAGGUUCUCACAGAAAAUGCCAGUUUCUUCUGCAUUAUUGAUCUGGUAGCAGCCAUUUGAUCAACUGUCAGCGUGGCAAAUACAUUUCCGAAACUUAUACCAACAAAUCUAAAUGCGAGAUUUUCCUUUGGUGACAUUGAUGUUCACAUUAUCCUUCUAGAAAAUGGCUUGCCCAGCCUUCAUAAACUGAUAGAUAACAGCAAUGACAAAAACAGAAAGCUCUAUGAUCUUUCAGCGUGUGUUUUCUCCCCAAACAUUUAACAGCCAACUGUAUAUUUGAAAUCAAGAAGAACAAACUUCGCACAUUUUACCGGGAAAUCACAUUGAAACAAGCAAAGCCAGUUGUUCAGUAUUUCAAAACACGUGUUGGGCCACUUUGGAUGGCUAAUGUAACUUUUGCAUUUACACCACCAGUAGUACCUUAGUUAAAAGGCCAAUGUUAGCAGGUUUAUCGCAAUAUUGUACAAUACAAUCCUUCCAGGGCCUUACUACUAGUAGAAUAUGGGACUCCUCUUAAUUUCCCUUGAUUUGGCUUUUCACAGCACCCUCUCUAAUUAUUGAAGCGCUAGAAAACAGAAAAACCUCCGAAGAGACCAUACAACGCAUAAACUAUCUAUUAUUACGUUUUUUCUUGUGGAUCAUCUAACUAUAAACUUUCAGGUCCUCGUUCCAAAUGCCUCCCUGUCGCAAAAUCAAUCAUCGGAAAAUUUCUGGCACCACCACAAAAUGCCAAAAAAACACCAUAUAUCCAAUGACGCAACAUGAAACAAAGUAAACGAUAACAGACAAUAGAAAAAAAUCUGUUACUUGAAUGCCUUUUUAAUCAAACCACUUUUCCUUCCAAUUUACAAUAAAUUUACAUGAUUUUGAAUGUUUUGUUUGGCUAGCUGAAUUUGGCCGUGACCUGUGAAAUUAAGAAAUGUUUGGUCGCCAACCAUUUCAAACAUGAGCAAUCCUAAUUAGAGUAAGUACGUAAUUGAUUGUCCAAUUGUACGAAGCAUUUGUUAAAGUCCAAGUUCUCUAGUGGUUUUUUUAUCCCCUAUUGCCAAUCUACGCAUCACGACGGAUUUUUUUAAAACGCCACUUUUCGUUGCAUUUUCUUUCAGCACUGCGCGUAUUCCCGGAAAUUAAAGAUCACGCUCGGUUCCAGAUUGCGCUAACUUUUGGAAUGCAUCUAAUUGUGAGAACUUUAUCAGUAGGCACUUUAUCACCAGAAAGAAACAUUUCCACCCAGUCUUUGUCGAGGCGUUUAUUGAAGUUGAGGGUGACCUUUACCAUGGUUCGCAGAUCGUUUUUAUUACCUUUACUUGUUGCUGUUUCGAUGAAGCGCAAUUGAAAAGAAGGAAAGGAAAACUAAAACAGUCUGUUAGUCUGGAGGAAGAGCAAGCAGAAAUCCGCACGUCUGCCGCACGACCGCGUAUCCGCACGACUGCCUUUUUAACAACGGAAUUUAAACAAAGCAAAUCGAUUAACAUAUUCAAAAGCAAAUAUAGUUAACUCUGUCGAUCGGUUAUUACAAGCAUACCACCAUAGGAAGGCAAAAGAUACACUAUUGUAAGAAUAAGCCAAUAUUGCCUAGCUUCUGGAAUCAAAAGUUACCAUUCAUUGAAAAUAUGCUGUCCAAGAGAGUUAGUGUUUCACAUGUGAGACGGAUUACAACUUCACGCCUUUGUACACAGCAGCAUUCAACGUAUAAACCACCGCAAGAUGAAGAUCUUCAGAUGCCUGAAUGCGAUUUUCAACCACAACCUUAUAAGGGAAUGUCGUACGAGAAAGCAUUGGAACUAAGAAAGAAAAAUCUCUCUCCAGCCCUGUUAACUUAUUACAAAAAGCCAUUGCAUGCUCAUCAGGGGUACAUGCAAUGGAUAUUUGAUGCCGAUGGUAAACGAUAUUUGGAUAUGUUUGCAGGGAUUGUUACGGUCAGCAUUGGACACUGUCAUCCGCGUGUCAAUGCAGCUUUGAAGUCUCAAGUCGACCGUUUAUGGCACACGACUAACAUAUACAUGAACAGCCAGAUUUCUUUAGCUGGGGAAAAGCUUGCUUCAAAAAUGCCCGGAGACCUGAAGGUUGUUUACUUCGUGAACAGUGGCUCUGAAGCAAAUGAUCUUGCGACCUUAAUGGCCCGAGCCUAUACGAGAAGCUUCGACAUAAUCAAUUUAAGAAAUUCUUAUCAUGGCACCAGUCCGUCGUUGUUAGGGAUCCUGGCACAGACAAACUGGAAGCAGAAUGUUCCACUCAAUUUUGGCUACUCUGCGGCAAUGAAUCCAGAUGUUUAUAGAGGUAUCUGGGGUGGAAAAAACUGUCGAGACUCUCCUGUUCAGACUUCAAGAGACUGUGAUUGCAAUCCAGGCCAAUGCAAAGCGUGUGAUGGAUACGUUGGACAAUUGCAAGAAGUCUUAGAUUAUGCAGUUUCUAGCAGAAUUGCUGCAUUUUUUGCAGAGCCAAUUCAAGGUGUUGGCGGAACCGUCCAGUACCCAAAAGGAUAUUUAAAACAAGUCUAUGAGAAAGUGAGGUCGAGAGGAGGUUUAUGCAUUGCAGAUGAGGUUCAGACUGGUUUUGGGCGAACAGGAGAACACUACUGGGGGUUUCAAGGUCAUGACGUCAUCCCCGAUAUUGUCACCAUGGCUAAAGGCAUUGGAAACGGGUUCCCAAUGGCAGCAGUUGUUACUACACCGGAGAUUGCGAGAAGUAUAACGACAGGAAUUCACUUCAACACAUUUGGAGGUAACCCAGUGGCAUCUGAAGUAGCUUCAACAGUGAUGGAUGUAAUUGACGAAGAGAAGUUGCAAGAAAAUGCAAAUAAUAUUGGCACAUCUCUACUGCUAAAGUAUGCGAAAUUGAGAGACGAAUUCCCCAUUGUUGGUGAUGUACGCGGAAAGGGUUUUAUGAUUGGAAUAGAGAUGGUAUCUGACAAGGAAACGAAAACACCAUUGCCAGCAGAAGAGAUGGCUGACAUUUGGGAGAGAACGAAGAACUAUGGAGUAUUGUUUGGAAAAGGUGGCCGAUUUGGCAAUGUUUUUAGAAUCAAGCCACCGAUGUGCAUCACCCAGGCUGAUGCCGAUUUCUCCUACGCAGUACUCCGUAAAUCAAUCAGAGAGCAUUUGGAGGGGUUAUGAAGAGGUUUCCAUAUUUCUAAAUUGAUACAUUCGCAAUUCAAAAAAUAAAAGCAACGGUAGUUUCUAAUAAAUUAUGUGCGAAUCAAUUAUUUGGAGCAGGUGUUGUAAGCUAGAGAAUUUAGAAAUAUCUAGAGUUGGACUGAGUGUAGCUUUUUGUAUCCAUUUUUUGAUUUGUUAAAAGGAGGCUUUGAAUUUUGUCUGUGUAGCUGUGUGAAUAUGUGUGCUCAUUUCAAAUCCGGCCUUUCUUUGUAGCUAAAAUGGGUAACAAUGAUUUCUCAAUGAAAAUCUCUUCAAAUAAGUGAUUACAGUGUGAUGAUUAUGCAACUAUUGCACUUACAUUUAGCUCCAACCCAUUUCCCAAUCAUUCCAUUAAAACUAUCAAGCUAUUAGUUGAUUUUAUUUCAUUUGUUCAACAAUUUGGAUUUCAACAGAUGCAAAGUACCAGUUGUGUACUGAGGUAUCUGUUUGAGUUAACAUUUCUCGAGUUUCUUAUCCUGGUUGAUAGAUAAGUUGCUUAUUCACAGAUAGAUAAGUUGCUUUUGAAUUUUGUGCGGCCAUUUUUUAUAACAUUGCAUUAAGGCUACUAGCUCAAAUCCUGUUGCAUUUUUUUUCUGGCCAGGGCAGCUUAUGUCUAGUGACUGUCUUAAAACCCUCCGAUGUGCCUUGUUUUUCAUCACGCUGAAAGCUACUUACGUCCAUCUUUUUUAUGUUUAGAACCUUUGCUCAGGAGCUAGCUGGGGUAAACAGAGAAGUGAAUACCCCUCUUCUGAGCAAACUACUUCCUUAAGGAUUUUUUCUUCAUAAGAAUAGUUUGCAAAUGUUCUUUAACCGGAGUAAAAUCAAAGCCAAUUCUGGCAAUUAGUUUUCCAUAUAAAUGUCAUAGCGUAUUUUAAAAAUAUUUGCUUAUAAUAGGACUUUUAUUACCAUAAAAAUAUUUAGUUUUAAAUGACUGACUUUAUGAACACCUUAUGCUGGCUUUUUGUGCUGUAAUUAGAUAUUCUUAUAUGCGUUUUCUUUCGCAUCGUUAAGAAACAGUUGUCCAAUAACUUAUAUCCAACGUAAUUUUUAGGAUGAGAUCCAUAUAUGUACACUUACGGGACAAAAGUAUUAGGACGAUGAAUAACAAAAUGGCGGCUCCAAACCAGCAUUCUAACAUUGAUUGAACAAAUCUUGCUGUUUUUGCGGGAUUCUAGAAAUGGCGUCAGCAAAAACGCGAUUCCUAGCAAAUUCAAUUUAUUUCCUACCUUUCUAUGAUAGAAAAGUAACAAAAUGUCAGGGAGAAAUGGAAAUAUCAACAUUUUAGCUUCAAUGCCGAAAACACAAAAGUGACCAGACAGAGAAUGAGAAGCAAUUAAAUAUUGGGGUCUAGCGAGUCAUUUGUUCGCUGAAACUGCAAGAAAGUUUGGUUGCAGCAAGUCUACAACACAUGUUAUUUACAUGAACAAUAAGUUAACAAUGCCGACUAAAAUUAAAAGAAUGGUAGGCCAGGGUAGGCCGACUAUUGGUUGGGCCUAAUGGCAUCUGCAAACUGGCGUUGUGUGUGAAAUUAAUCAAUCCCGAAUAUUUUGUCCAAUUAUUUGUGGAAAGUCCCCAGGCAAGUACAGAAACAAGUAAUGAUUCUUUGCGAAGACCAUUUAUUUCUAAGCAAGACAAUAAACCUUGAUAUGCUGAAAUUGUGACAAAAAUUUCAAAAAUAACAACAUUAUGGUUUUUCAAUAACUCCAUCAAAGUCAAGUCCUUGAUGUAAUUGAAAACAACUAGUUAUCAUAGAAAAAUUUAAAGAAAUGAAAUCUUUUAAGACCGAAAAUAAGCUCUUUCAACAUUUUCUUGAGAUUUCCUCCUGAAUCCGAAAAUAUUUCAUUGCAAAAUUAUUUCGGUGAGUUCCAAUGCAAAUGGCGGCUGCCAGAUUCCUGGAGAUCAUCCGAGAUCAAGCUAAUUGAACUUGUCUGAGGAAUCUAUACAUGUUUAUUUUUACAAUUGGGUAAACUUGCAAUUGAAAAUCUCAACCAGCAAUCUCGUUAUGUUCCACCGAUUUUCUAUGUUGUUCUUUGAGCAAAGGGUUAACCAUAUUUGCUGAGGCGAUCGUCCUAAUACUUUUGUCACGUAAUUGUAUAUUGAAUUAAAUCAUAUAUAUUGAAUUGACUCUUAUUAUUUAGACUGAUCCUUUCUGUGUUUAAGAAGGUCUGCUUUAAAUUUCAACUGAAAGUUUUAAUCAUGAUUGUAUGCAUUCCAGCGAUCGUUUCAUCCGUGAUUUUAACAUAUAUUCACCAUUGAUUUUGUAAAACAAAUUUUAGCGGACGAUAAAAAGCGAUUUAAAAUGAAAUGUUUGAUAUA